CUGAGAUUUCAGGUAACUCGAAAGAGGACAAGUGGCAGCACUAUCAGCGCAAGAGGUCGGGACGACAACCACGACCGUGUCCAGGAACAGGGCUUAGGGAUUGCAGGAAGGGACGCAAGAGAAUUCGUCGCAUCCUCCGGCACCUCCUCCGCCUCCUCGACAGGAUUCUUGCGGCUGAUCCAGAACAAGAGCGAUGCGGCCGAGAUCGACGGCUCUUCUCGUCUUGUUUGGUUUUUCCUUGGUUCUAUUUCCCCUUCUCGUCCUCAUCGACAAUGCUUUCUACGUCUUUUAUAUUGUUCCUCCCCCCUCUCUCCGAGAUGGGUCGCGAACCCUGCUUCCAGAUCUCUUCGCUUCUCGUAUCCCCCUCUCCCUCACAACCGUGUCUCCGCGCCUCCUCGGGGAAAUCGGAUUCCAGAGUGGGGUGUCUUGAUGUGGCAUACUGGCGCUGGCGGGGCGUUCUGUCCAUAACUAUAGUUCCUAAGUUUCUAAAUUUGCAGACCAGCCCUCCUUACCCGGAUGUUAGUGAUGGAUAAUGCCUCAAGGCGCAAUAGAUCUCAUCAGCAUCACAUUUCACUUGGACGCAACAAAAGUGGCUAUGAACCAUCUGACACAGAAUCAGAAUGGCAGGAAAGCCCCUGGCAUGAUGGGAUAUCGGGUUCAAGCAGACCAACAACUCUUGAUCAUGCUAGAAUCGUCACUCCUUUAAAUCAUAAUCAGACACGUUUUUUGAAGGAAGAUAACAGCAAAGACUUGGUAAAGGUUUCUAGAGUCAACCCAAGCUCUAGAAGCCACAGUAGAUCUCCUUAUAAAGCAGUCAGAGGUGCUGGUGAUGGUAAUACUUCAGAAGUGGGUUCUGGUUCAAGAAAAAAUACAAGUCCUCUGAAGAUCUCAGAUAAUCACGGACGAGUUUCUUCAUACAACAUCAUACAUGAGGAAUCAAAUAAUCUAAAUGGUGAGCUCCACAGUCCAGUCCCGGAGAGGAACCAUAGAACACUUAGCAAGUCUCAUAAGUCUGGAAAUAAUAAUGUCCAUUCACAAUUUGAAUUAGUCUCAAAGGUGAGUGGAUCAAGUUACAGUAGAAACAGGCCAAAGUCUGCCCCAAAACCACAACGAAUGGAGGAGGAGCUGCAAGUCAGCACUGGUCCUACAGUUGGUAAUGCAGGACAGAUCCUCUCACCACUUGUCAAAACCAUGAUUCACAAUCAAAUGGACCAUGCAGAUGCAAGUGAUUCUUCCAUCCUUGAUAUCAGAGAUAUGAUUUCUAGAAAUAAGUUAUCCAAGUCUCCCUCUUAUGAUGCUUAUGAACCGAAGAGCACAGACUCGAUCUCCCCUGGUAAUAUCUUCUUUUCCCAGAAUCGGCUGGUUCCACGGAAGAAUUUUGCUAUGGAUAAGGGCAAUAAUGCAGAAUCCUUUGCCCAAAAUUUACAAGUGAUUUCAGAGGGUAAUAUUACUGUUCAUCAGGACUCUAGAGGGACUGGUUGUUCUGGUCAAACUCAAGGCAUUUCAGUUCGCAAUGUUUUGUCACGAACAAAUACUAGCUCCAGUUCUGCAAUUUGUCAUUCUAGUAGUGGUAGGACAAAUACAAUUUUUGUUUCUGCUAACAGUCGGGUCAAUAAUGGUGGAAUCAGUAGUCGCAGCAGUAAGUUUAGCGACGAUAGUGGAAAGCUUGAUGGAGGUAUCAUGAAGUUUUCUAUAAUCAGACAGAAAAACCAAACAGAUGCAUGGUUUUCAUGUGUGAAGGGAGUUUCCUGCAGGAAGUCAAAACCACCAGAACAGACAACAAUUGACGAGGCUUCUUUGAUUGAAAAGGCAUUCGUUGUGGAAGAACUGAGGCAAUUUUGGGCUGAUAAACAUCGUCCAAAAUCAUUGGAUGGAUUCAUUUGUCAUAAACAUCAAGCACAUCAUCUUAAAGAGCUAGUAUCCUGUAACAAGUGUCCUCAUAUCCUCUUCAAGGGACCUAUGGGCUCUGGAAAGAAAUCAUUGUGUAUGGCAUUACUACAUGAACUAUUUGGUGACUCAGCUUCAAAAGUCUCUCAUGAGUUAAGACAUUACCAUGUUCAGGGAUCCAGCCCAAUGCAAAUUGUAGUCCCAUUAACUUCAAGUGCUUAUCAUCUGGAACUUAAUUUAAAGUCACUAGCAAAGAAUGCUAGACAUGCUUUAUUGGCUAUUGUCAAGGAGAUAACUGAAAAUUAUGUGGAUACAUCUGAAUUUAGUGAUGCAAGUUUCAAGACGGACUUUAAAGUGAUUGUUCUUUAUGAAGUCAACAAAGUUACAGAAAAUGUCCAGAACUUGAUAAAGUGGAUAAUGGAAUGCUACACUCAUGCAUGCAAGAUCAUCAUCUGUUGUGAAGAUGAUGCUGAUAUCCUUGACUGCAUUAAGAAUCGUUGCGAACUUAUUUACGUUGAUGCCCCAGUUACACAUGAGAUAAAGGAGGUUCUAUUUCAGAUAGCAAUGAACGAGGGUUUUGAAUUGCCUGCAAAGUUUGCUACUGGAGUUGCAACUAAAUGCAAGCAGAACUUGAGGAAGGCGAUUAUGGCCCUUGAAGCAUGCAAAGUGCACAACUAUCCAUUUAUUGAUGGACAACCGAUACCAAUUGGUUGGGAGGAGGUUCUGGUGGAAAUUGCAGCUGAGAUUUUAGCUGAUCCAUCACCUAAAAGGUUAGUUUCGACACGAGGAAAAUUACAGAAGUUGCUGGUGGAAUUUGUGCAUCCAAGAUUGAUUCUCCAGAAACUUGUGGAACAGUUCCUCAAGGGAAUCGAAGCUCGUCUAAAAAGGGGGCUGUACUAUUGGCAUGCAUAUUAUGAUAAGAGAUUGCCUGUUGGAACAAGUGCCUUGCUGAAAUUAGAAGAAUUUAUAGCGAAGUUCAUGAGCAUGCACAGGAAAAGCUUUUCAAAACCUUUGUACAUAUAAAGCGACAGAGUUGAAAGAUUCUUUCUCCUCUCCCUACUGUGAAUUUGCUCCAGGUGAUUAAAAACCAAUGACCGACAUGAAAUUCUGAGUGUCUUCAUUGGUGACUGCAUCAGAAUGCACAUUCAUCAUGAUUUUGUGAAUUCAUGAUCUUUGCUAGUAAAAAAAACCCUUCCUUGUCAACUAUAUUGGUUAUCCAGCUGCCUAGUUUUGCUAUCAAAAGCCAUUGUUGAUGAGCAAGUAAAUCGGCUUUGCAUCCUAAUUUUUUGGUUAUCAUUGGUAACAUCCAUGAUACAUGGGCAAUAAUGCUGCAAUGGCUGAUAAAGGACGGUUGCUAAUGUUGUAUGUCGAACAUUCUUCUUAUCUCUAUCUUUAUUGCAUCCGAGUGUUCCUUC